AUGGCAGCGCACAUGGCUCCUCUCGCUCAGCCUAUCACCCUGAAGCUUUCGGGCAAGGUGAUCAAGAAUCGCAUGUAUAGGACCCCGCUCAGUGAAUAUGCGUCUACGUACGACGAAAACAACGUCGAGAACUGUGGGAAGCCCUUGCCUCGCUACGCAGAACUGUACCAAGAUCUUGCAGAUGGUGGCGCAGGUCUGAUCUGCACAGGAAACAUCCCCAUCCACCGAGAUAACCUAGAAAACUAUAACAACGCGGUUCUCGACAUCAAUAACCCUUGGGAUCCCGUGGAGGCAUUCGCACCCGCUGUCCAAGCGGCGAAAUCCCGAGGUGCUUUAUUCCUACCCCAGUUGCAGUUUCCCGGACGUCAGGUCCCUGAGUUUCUGAACCCGAAUCCGAAGUCGUCGGCCGAGCAGCAACUGGAGCCGUGUCUUAACAAAAGUUAUGGCAAGCCAUCGCCACUUUCAACCGAGGAGAUCAAGGAUUUGGUUCACCGAUAUGUAUGGGCGUCGGAAGUGCUUUCCAAAGCUGGGGCAGAUGGAAUUAUUUUGCAUGCGAGCCACGGAUACAUCAUGCAGCAAUUCCUCUCGCCGUUGAUUAACAAGCGCACAGACAAGUAUGGCGGAAGCCUGGAAAACCGCGCCCGGUUUAUUCUCGAAAUCGUCAACGCCAUCAAGGCGAAAUUGCCGUCUAACAAAUUUGUCAUUGCGGCUAAACUCAAUUGCCAAGACUUUAUCGAAGGAGGAACGAGCUUCGCAGAGACGUGCGUCGUUAUCAAAUGGCUCGAGGACGCCGGUGUCGACUUCUUUGACAUAUCCGGGGGCACCUAUGCUUCCCCCGCAUGGAGAGGAAACAUUAUGACCGAGUUGGCCGAGCGUCCGUCCCAAAAAGAACGUGGGAGUUAUUUUAUCGAAUGGGCGCAGGAGCUCAAGAAGGUUCUCUCUCGUGCAGUUAUUGGAACGACAGGAGGCUGGCGCGAUAGUCAUCGCAUGUCCGAGGCUGUAGAGCAUGGCGAUAUCGACAUGAUUGGGCUAGGAAGGCCAUUGCGAGAGGAUCCGAAUUUUGUUAAUCAAGUAUUGCGAGGCGAGGUGAGACGCAGCAAUCUUUAA